AUAAUUUGAUUAUUAAUAUAGUCAAGUCAACACAGAAGGGUGUAUGAAAUGGAGAGGGGGAGUGCUAGGGUUAAGGUAUGUUUUCCGGUAGCCAAGGACAGUGGUAGUGGGACCAAGUGGCAGCUUCCAGGGUAUGGCAGGCAGUUUCUAGCGCAGGUGGCAGAUGUGUUUAUUCCAGCGAGGCAAGAUCGGAGAGGGCGUCGUUUUGGUUUCGUUCGGAACAUGAAAAGAGAGCGGGGGGUGUCAGCGAGGAAUCCGAAUAGGCAGUUUGAGAAAAAAUGGAUUAGAAAAGAGAGUAAGGUGGCUCCAGGGAUGACUUAUGCUCAGGUUGUUGCUGGCAAUGUGGGUGCAUCCGAGGAAGGGAUGUCUUCGAAUAAUGAUGUCAGGCAGGUUGAGAUAACAAAAGGGAUGGAACUUGUAGUGGAUGUGGUUCUGGAGACAAUUCCAGAAAGGAGUACUGUGCCAUUGACAAGCGAAGGUAGGGUGGAGGAAAGGUCUUCUCCAAAAACUGAUUGGGUAUUAGAAUUCACUCCUAAUGAUGAGGAAGUAGCAUGGUUGAAACGAAGUAUGGUGGCGAUGGUUCGAUCUUUAGAUAUGGUGAAGAAAAUUCAAAACAGGUUGGAUGUAGAUGGUUUACUGGUAAAUGUGGCUUUGCUUGGUGGUCACCAUGUCAUUUUAGUUGAUUAUUCAAAAGGAUGCCUUGAGGAGUUUAUCAGUCAUAACAGCGAAUUAGUGGAAUCGUGGUUCGAAUGGAUUCAACCAAUGUCUUUAUCCACGAUGUCUCCGGUGAGUAGAAUGGUAUGGCUUCGAUUCAUGGGUGUUCCAUUAAAGGCAUGGAGCGAGAGAUGCUUCACAGAAUUAGGUGGAUUAAUUGGAGAGGUGAUAUUAGUUGAUGAGGAUAUGAGGAGAGGAGGAGUGGAGGAUGGACCCGGAUUGGUGGUUGGCCGGGGAGUAGCAGAAUCCGGCGAGGAUGGGGCAGUGUUAGCCGAAGAACGCACUGCAACGGAAAUGGCAACCCGACCGGACUGGACAGAGAAGAAACACAGAAGCUUGGGAAUGAUUUAUGCAGGGGUUAGUGGGAUGGAGAAACCAAGGAAAGCAGGCACCAGCUGGGUCACGGCAAGGACAAAAGCUCACAGAAAUAGAAGGGGCACAGAUGUGCGAGGGGAGGAAUCGCAGAUGGAAAGUUGUUCUCUGUCCGAUGGGUGCAUCCGACAUCGAAAUGAGGUGAUUCGAAAGCAGCUGCAGAUGGAUGAAGUGAGAGAGCUGUUUGUGAUGGGGCAGAAUUUGGGGAUUCAAUGUCAACAAAAUGAGGAUGAGGUGAUCUCUAGGUUGGCGGCUUUAGAGGAGAGGGAUGGAGUCACCUUCGGACGGGAGUGGGGAAAGCAGCGGUUGAAAUGUAACCUUGUUAAUGUGUAUGCUCCAUGUGAUAGGCAGAGGAAGGCUAUGUUGUGGGAGGAGAUGGGUAAGUUAGUUCUGGAAGAGGGUGGUAGAUGGCUCUUAGUAGGGGAUUUUGACGCAGUAAGGAAUGGGACAGAGAGGAAGGGGAGACUAGGAGGGACACAGGACAUGGGAGAUUUUAAUCAAUUUGUAGAGGGGUGUGGAUUAAUUGAUGUUAGAUUGAGGAAUAGGAAAUUCACAUGGUACAGACCCGAUGGCUCUUCAAUGAGUAGGUUGAAUAGGUUUUUGUUAUCCACAGAAAUGAGUUUAUUGGAUAGAGAUUGGUUUCAAGUUGGGGUUCGAAGAUCAAUUUCAGAUCAUUGUGCACUUAUUUUGACGUCAAGAAAUAUGGAUUGGGGUCCCAAGCCUUUUCGAGUACUUGACGCAUGGCAACAACACCUUGAUUUUAAAGGUUUUGUGGAGGAUAAAUGGAAGACUUUGCAGAUUGAAGGAUGGGCGGCUUUCCAAUGUAAACAGAAGCUGAAAUUAUUAAAAGAUGACUGCAAGGGGUGGAAUAGAGGGGUUUUUUGUAAUGUGGAGACUCAGUUGGAUACAAGGUUAAAGCAUAUUGAGAGGUUGGAUAAAAAAAGUGAGGAAGAGGAGCUGAGCGAAAAUGAGGUGCUAUUGAGAAAGGAAUGCUUUCAGGAGAUGUGGGACAUUUUCCGAAGGAAAGAAGCUGUGUGGAAGCAAAAAUCAAGGAACAAUUGGAUUCGUUUGGGUGAUGCAAAUACAGCUUUUUUCCACAGAUGUGUGCAGACAAGGAGGGCACAUAAUGCAAUAGAUGGUAUCUUAGGAGAGGAGGGAUGGAUUGAGGAACCUGAGUUAAGUAAGGCAGAGGCAAUUAAAUAUUUUAGUAAGUUAUUACAUAAGGAGCAGUGGAGUCGGCCUGUAAUGGAAGGGAUCCAAUUUCGUAAAAUCUCUGUAGCACAAAAGAAGUGGCUAGAAAGACCUUUUUCCAUAGAGGAAAUUGAAGAGGGUCUUCGAAGUUGUGAUGGGUCAAAGGCACUAGGCCCAGAUGGAUACAACUUCAAUUUUAUAAAGUUUGCUUGGAACACGUUGAAGGAUGAUUUUGUGAAGUUUUUGCUGGAAUUUCAUCAACAUGGGAGGUUAGUUAAAGGUCUAAACUCCUCUUUCUUGGCAUUAAUCCCUAAACAAUUGAAUCCAGUGCAAUUUAAAGAGUAUAGGCCCAUUUGUCUGAUUGGUUGUCUGUAUAAAUUAUUAGCGAAAGUUUUAGCAAAUAGGUUGAAGAGGGUAAUGGCAGAUAUUAUAAGUGAGUCACAAUUAGCUUUUGUUGGGGGUCAUCAGUUGGUGGAUAGUGUGUUAGUUUUGAAUGAGGUAGUAGAUGAGGUGAAGAAAAAGAAACAGGAGAGCCUUAUAUUUAAGGCUGCUUUUGAAAAAGCAUAUGAUUGUGUGGAUUGGGAUUUUCUUGAUUGGAUGAUGGACAGAAUGGGGUUUGGGGUUAAAUGGAGAAAGUGGAUUCGGGAAUGUCUUUCAACAGCCAGGAUUUCUAUUUUACUAAACAGAAGUCCGACGUCGGAAUUUUCAGUCAGCAAAGGUCUUCAUCAAGGGGAUCCUUUAUCCCCUUUUUUGUUUUUAUUAGUGGGUGAAGGGUUGUGUGGGCUGGUGAAAAAAGCAGAGUGUGAAGGGUUGUUGAAAGGUCUGGAAAUUGGGAGGGGUGGUAUGGUGUUGUCAUUAUUGCAGUUUGUAGAUGAUACUGUCUUUAUGGGAAAAGUGUGUGCAAGGAAUUUAAAGGUUGUGAAAGCCAUUUUGCACUGAUUAGGUGAUGGAGUGGAUGGUUUAUGGAAGAGAGUGAUUUGGGAGAAAUAUUAUGGGGGGAGGAAUGAGGCGGAUAUAACUUCUUUUGAAUCUUUGACGAUGUCUCGUGUAUGGAAGGAUAUUGUGAGUGUGGGUAGGGGGUCUGAAAGGUUAGUGGAGAUGUUAGUAAAGGGUUUUAAAUGGAAGGUUGGUGAGGGAAGAUGUGUAGAGUUUUGGAGGGAUAAAUGGGUGGGAGACAAGUCCUUGAAAGAUUUAUUUCCGAGGCUGUUUGCGUUAUCUACUAUUAGGGAGGGAUGGUUGAAGGAUAUGGGCUUUUGGAGGGGUGAGAAUUGGGUAUGGGAUUGUAGAUGGCGACGUGGAUGUGUAGGGAGGGCUGUUGGUGAGGAGGGACAGUUUAGGAAAAUGAUUAAUGGGGUAAGGUUGAGGAUGGAGGAAGCAGAUUCUUGGCAUUGGAUUCAUAGUAGUGAUGGUACCUAUUCUGUAAAGGUAGCUUAUGAUUUUCUAUCACCGAAAGUUUGUGUUCUGGAUGAGGAAUGGUCUCGGAUUAUUUGGAGUAAAUAUGUUCCUUCGAAGUUGAGUGUUUUUGGGUGGAGAUUAUUUUUGGAUAGGUUGGCCACUAAAGAGAAUUUGGGUAAGAGAGGGAUUGUGUUGAUAGGUGGGGAUGUUAGUUGUGGGUUUUGUAAUGAGGGGGUGGAGAGGUUACAUCAUAUUUUUUGUGAGUGUGAAGGGGUGUGGUUAGUAUGGACGAAGGUUUUGGGAUGUUGGGGUUUACAAAGUGUUUUGCCAAAUGAUAUAUUUGGGUUGGCGGAGUCGGUGGUGUAUGGAAUAGGUGGGGGUUGUUUGAAGGAGCUGGGAGGCCUUAUUUUCUUGGUAACUGCUUGGUUAGUGUGGUACUGGAGGAAUAUGAACGUGUUUGGACCAGUUUUGCAGUUUGAAGUGAGGUUAUUGGAAUCUAUUCAAGCAAAAUCUUUUCUAUGGAUUAAAAAUAAAGAGCCAGGCUGUGUGUUUUCUUACACAGAUUGGAUUUCAAGGCCUAUGGAUUGUAAAGAAGCAAUAGUUCAACAUCGUCAAAAUUCAAAGAAAUACAAGAAGAUGCAUAGUUCCUAAAUGUAUUUAGCUAUUGGACAACUGCUUCUUUUGCAAUUUUGAUUUUUUGUCUUCCGUUGAGUAGUGGUUUAAUUGUUUGUAUUUUGGGGUGGAGUAUUCCUUAUACUCCGAGAGCAAUAUAAAGUCUAUUUGAUUUU